GCAAUCAGUACACACGUAAGAAAGAUAUUUUAAAAUUUUCAAGAAGCGUGUAUUUCACAAGCGAUCACAAAAUGUCAGCUAUAAAAUUCAACUCAAGCUAUGUUACCGAUCAAGCUUAUAACUUCAAUAACCAGACUUACACUGUUUAUAAAUCAAAAGUUUCACCAUCGCGACGUUUAAAAAAUAUGAUUAAGCCAAUAUUGGGCCGAGUCUUUAAAUCAAAGGCAAAGAAACCGAAACGUAGUUCUUACAUAUCUUCCGAAGAAAACGAAUCAGAGUUUGACUGGCUAAGCAGUGACAUGGACAACAUGGCAAAUGAUCAUUUAGAGAAUCGCCUCAUUGAGGAAAUUCAUCAAUCAGAGGAAGGUGCUGCCAUAAUUGUUUACAACGAAGAUGGUACGCGACGCUUGAAGACUUUUGAUAAAGAAGAUUUUUAUGUUCCUGUCCAUUUUGCGCGCACUAAUGCUGGCACAUUUUUUUGGACCUCAAUUCAGCGUGAAACGAUCGAACCAUAUCAAAUCGAAUGGAAUUUUUUGGAUCGUUGGGCGCAGGCUUAAACAUAAAUUUCUUGUGCAUUAUUCAACAGAGCUGCAGUGAUAGGCGGUUAGGUGACUUCUCCAAGGAUGAACUUCAAUAAGUUUACAAAGUUUGGACUCUCGACUUUGUAGCUUUGGGAGACAUUAGGGAAAUAUGUUGUUAUGAACUUUUUGCGAAAAGUCUGUUAAUAAUUAAAAAACGUUUUGUAGUACAA